AGCGGCGGAGGCUUUUAAGAAAUGUCGAUCACGGGACUGAAGAAACAACAGCCUAAAAUGUUUAAAGUCAAAGUCACAACCAUGGAUGCGGAGAUGGAGUUUAGCUGCGAGAUAAAAUGGAAGGGGAAAGACCUGUUUGACCUGGUUUGCCGUGCCUUGGGCCUUCGAGAAUUCUGGUUCUUUGGCUUGCAGUAUCCGGUCAAAGGAAUGGGCACUUGGUUGAAGAUGGAUAAAAAGGUUUUGGAACAGGACGUCCCCAAGGAAAACCCCGUCAGCUUUCGUUUCCUGGUCAAAUUUUACCCUGAAAAAGUGGAAGAGGAACUUCUGCAGGAAAUCACCCAGCACCUCUUCUUCCUCCAAGUUAAGAAACAAAUACUGGAUGAAGAAAUUUUCUGCUCUCCUGAGGUGACCAUUUUGUUGGCUUCUUACGCCGUUCAAGCCAAGUACGGGGACUAUGACCCAAAUCUGCACACGCCUGGCUUCCUGGUUCCUGAGGAAUUCCUGCCCAAGAGGGUAAGGAUUCGGCACCCUCUGACACCUGACCCAGUAGAAUUAUUUAUGAUGGCCAGAAGCCGCAUUUUGGAUCGUUUUAGGUUGUUCUUCAACUGCCCCCAGGAAACAAUGGCAGUCAAACUCUCAGUUUUCACCCUGGGCUUUCUUCUUCUUCUGUAGCAAAAGAAGAACCGCACCGACUUCCUGCUGGGCGUGGAUGCCAAAGGGGUCCACGUUUACAGCAUCAACAACCGCUUCUCUCCAGACAAGUCUUUUGAAUGGAGCAGCAUCCGGAACAUUUCCUAUAGUGAGAAAGAGCUCACCAUCAAACCUAUAGACAAGAAAGCCGAGGUCUUCAAAUUCUUCUCCUCUCAGCCGAAAGUCAACAAACUGAUCAUGCAGCUGUUUAUCGGGAACCACGACUUGUUCAUGAGAAGGCGGCGGGUGGAUCCCAUUGAGAUCCAGCAGAUGAAAGCUCAGGCUCGGGAAGAGAAAGCGCGAAAAAAGAUGGAGCACCAGCGGCUGGCCAGGGAGAAGCAGCUGCGAGAAGAAGCUGAGCAGGCCAAGGAGGAACUGGAACGGCGCCUCCUUGAGGUGGAAGACAAAGCCCGGCAAGCUAACGAAGCUUUGCUCCGCUCGGAGGCGGCGGCCGAGCUGCUGGCCGAGAAGGCCCAGAUCGCCACGGAAGAAGCCAAACUCCUGGCCCAGAGUGCGGCCGAGGCCGAGCAGGAGCGCCAGCGGCUGGAGCUGGCCGCCUUGAAGACGGAGGAGGAGAAGCGUCUGAUGGAGCACAAGGUGCGGGAGGCGGAGUUGAUCGCCAUGAAGCUGGUGAAGGAAUCCGACCGAAGGGCCAAGGAAGCCGAACAUUUGAAACAGGACCUGCAGGAGGCCAGAGAGGCAGAAGAAAAAGCCAGACAGAAACUCCGAGAUGCCAGCAAACUGAAUCACUCUCUUUUUCUAAACCCGCCUUCCUGUUUCUGCUCCUCCCAGGGUCCCUCUAAAUAUCCCCCCGUCUUCUCCCCCGACCCCUGUGGGGCUGACAAAGGACCCAUAAAGCUGGAUUUACGGGAUAUCGACCUGAAGAGGCUUUCCCUGGAAAUUGAGCGAGAAAGAUUAGAUUACCUGGACAAGAGCCGGAAGUUCGAGGAUCGGCUCCAGGAACUCAAAUCCGAAAUCCACGCCCUGAAAGUCGAAGAGAAACAGGCCGGGUUCUUCUCCCACUGGAGCGAAGUCCUGCGAACCUUGGACCGGCCAUCGGGGAAUCCGUGCAAGGCUUCUUGGUGGAUGAGGGCGCUGGAAGCAGACCUGUUCCAAAGCCUGCCCCAGCCUUUCCUAGCCUGCCCGCUCAACGUGACCAACUGCACUGCGCCCAGAAUGUCGUCAUUUCAGACGGAUCCCCAGGGGACAGGAACCAGAAAGCACAUCAAGGUUCAGCAACACAAAACGGACGUGAUCUAUAUUUGAAACCCUGCUGGAGGACCUCAGCCAUCACGCAAUGAAUUAUGAAGGCAAAGAUCCCGGAAAUAUCGUGCCCGCUGAUCUUUUGUGCAACCCUUGGUAUUCCCCUCGUUGGUUUCUGGGAGAUGCUCCUUACGGGACCGGACUGACUUGAUCCACCUGAGCGGAAAGCCGGAUCGGUUCCAUCUCGCCAUUUAACUUAACCACCUGGAGGUAGCAAAAAACGGUGUUUCUGUGUUAAGGGAACAGGUGUCACCUUAACAACGCGUAUGCUCAAGGAGAAUCGGAAAAGAUUCAAAGUCUUGUUGGGGCAAUUCAGCUCAUGUGAGCAAUUCUAUGAACGUUAUUUUGGAGUAAACCCUUCUGAGCCCAGGAGAUACGAGGAGUAUCGAGGAGAUACGCCAAGAAUCGAGCUGCAACUCCCAAUAAAGUCAUUUUUAAAGAAGAACUUGCUCUAAGUUCUACUAAAAACAAGGCUAUCCUGAUGAAUUAACUGGAACGAGGCUCUGUGGAUCUAAGAAUCUGUAUAAAGAUGAAUGUUCAUAAAUACCAGGACUAAUAUUGGUAAAGAUUUCUGGAGCUAAAUAAGACAGGGUCUUAUAUUAAUUUUUACUCCAAAAAACAAAUUAGGGCUUAU